ACGAGGCAGAAAAAGCCAGCAUUCUGCAAAGCUGCGGUGGCACAUUUUCGUAUGAAAUCCCACUCGCAUCACAAUUGCUCCGACGAUGACUCGGAUAUACUUCGGCGUGAAAAAAUAAUUCACGAUGUGCGUGUGCAGUUCGCGAAAAAGUUCCAGUUCCCAUCGACUCCGUCCUCAACAUUACUACCACGCGUCGACACACUGUACAGAUGUCCGCCAUAUUUAGUGCCACGCCUUCAGGAGCAGAAGCGAAAACUCAACGCAGUGAAGAGUCGGCUGAAUGACUUCGAAAUUGGUGAGUGGCAUCAGCAUAGUCGCAAACGAUCUUCCCUGUUGCCAAUAUUAAAUGAGCUGCGCUAUCGCAUAAGGGCGGAGUUCGUAACGCAGGCAUUUGCCAAGCUGUACGAAUGCGUGUCCGCCUACGAGUUAGUCGACGUGGCGCUGGACCAGCUUUACAGCGUCCAUCUUUGCGAGGCUCCGGGGGCAUUCGUUACCGGAUUGAACCACUACAUCCGGUUGAAUUGUCACCCGAAAAUCCGAUGGCACUGGUUCGCCUGCACGCUAAAUCCGUACCACGAAGGAAACUGCCAUGGCAGUAUGAUCCCAGAUGAUCGGUUUAUACGCCAUACGUUGGAUUCUUGGUGCUUCGGCGUGGAUGGAACGGGUGACAUAAUGGUACGAGAAAAUCGAGAUGACAUCAUCGCCAGAAGCAAACAGUGGCCUGAGGUUAACCUCGUCACAGCGGAUGGGUCGAUCGAUUGUCUCAACUUUCCGGAGGAGCAGGAAGAGCGGGUCUCGAAGCUUCACUUCGCCGAAGCAACGCUCGCCCUCAGCAUCCUUGCCCCGGGUGGACAUUUCAUUCUGAAAAUGUUCACCCUUUUCGAGCACUCGAGUGUCAACAUGCUUUUUCUGCUGAACAUGUGUUUCGACGAGUUGCACGUCUUCAAACCGUGUACCUCGAAACCGGGCAACUCGGAGGUGUACCUGAUCGCCAAACACUACCGCAAACCAGCUGGCAUCGAACAGUACCUAGAUGUGAUAUAUAGCAAUAUUCAAAAUUCGUCAUACACCCUGUUUGAUCCCACCACCAUUCCGGAGGCCUUUCUAGAGCAAAUGCAUGUGUGUGCGAGCCAGUUCGUCCGCUGGCAAACGGAGGUCAUCGAGAGUAAUAUCCGUUUCUAUGAUGCCAAUGAUCCCUGUGAAGACGAAAGACUGAUUAUAUUUAAGGAAACCAUUAUUGAUAUGUUUUUCACACACUACCGCAUCACACCGAUACGCGCCACCGAGCGGAUCGUAAGGGGUAAAAAUGUAACCGGUGGAACGAACAUCUACCAUAAAGAAUCCCACGGCACGUACAACGAGCGGGUACAAUCGUCGCUAACCGAGUCGCGCUCGAUCGAACAGCAUCAAUAUCUCCGGGAUCGUUUAGAUCACGUAACACUUACCCACAAGGAACUGCAUCCGAGGGCGUUGUUAGAUGACGCACCGUAUGGCUUCGGUACUCAAUAUACUCUGCAAAAAGAGCUUUCCUUCGCCGUGGGGAAGGCGGUAGAGCGGGUGAAAAAUUCCUACUACGCACUUAUCACUCACCUUCGGCUCCUGAACGAUAUCGUUGAUCUGUACCGAUCGAUAGCCAUCAAUCCGGAUCCCUUGCCCAAAGACAAACUAGUCCCGAUGGUGCAAAACAACGUCAUCUCUAUCGAUAUCCGCCUCUAUCCCUCCAUCAUGAACGCUGACUGGCACGAGAAACAACUUUAUCACACGAUCGUACGGACAAUUCUACAGUUGGCGCAGCAGGCAGGAGAAACCCCGGUCACCGGAGUGAUCGACCCACGUCGAAGUGUUGAGCUGAUCGUCGAAAACUGGCUCAUGCUGACCCGGUUCAGUGUGGGUUUGUUUUAUCUGCUAAAAAUGUACGUGUUCGAAGCGAACGAGCUACUUUCGUCGACGCGUAUCGCAUUCCGACACCUGCGGUCGGAUGGUAUUACAAAUCUGCUGGCGAUCAACGAUGCCUACGGAAGUGCCUGUUGCUCGACGUCUGCCCUACCGGGCACAUCCAAAUCGAUUCUCACCCUCGUGUCACCUGCCUCCCCACUGAACGGUGACUACAAGUACGGCAUCAUCAACUACAACAACGCGCUGUGUUUAAUCUACUGUGCCCGGCUGUUGGACGAGAUGGAACAACACCUUGGGGCGGACAAAUGAUGGAGCAGCAGCUGGUAAAAUCUUCGAUGCUUUUUUCCUACCUGUCAAGGGUAAGCCGUUAAGACUUGUAUUUUAAAUCAAAGCACAUAUCUGCAACCGUAUUUUCGCAUGCAUAGCGCCUUCCUUAUACAACAUCAGAUUCUAUACAUAAUGUGGUAAAAUAUCUUUAUAAAACAUUUGGGUUCAUGUUAACCU